CGAUGCACCUUCGAUAGUUCUUAAUGUAGACUUUAUUUGUGUGAAUUAAACGUCUGAUCGUAUACAUACAUAAACAUAGGCACACGCUGUAAUUUACUGUAGACCAUAGCUACUACCAUCUCCUAAAUUGGAUAGCAAACCACGUGACAAAUGCGGAAGUUGGCGCGGGUCGAAAUCCAGCGAAAGGGGUGUUGAUUCGUAGCUCAGUGGAGUGGAUGCAUUAUUUGAGGUCCCAUAUUAUUUUGUCUCUCAGUGACUUGGACACUAACUGCACAUUUAACCUCAGUUGCAGAAUUUACAAGUGUUGUUUUGAGGCUGGGCCAUAGAGAUGACCAGGCUGUGACGGGUGGAUUCUGUGUAGGAUUGACCCUGGCAUGGCUACUGCUAGGAAGAGCUCUGCGGCAAAGGCGGGGGGCGUCAGUUUCUCAGAAGAGCCAGCUACCGCUCUUGCUGCCGCCGGCACCCCCUCCCAUGUCCACUUUGACGAGAAGCUCCACGACUCUGUCGUCAUGGUGAUCCCUCAGCCCGAUGGGAACUUCAUGGUCAAGGUUGGUUUUCUGAAGACCCAGCACAAAUAUGAGAUUGUCUUCAACCUCCCUGAGGUUCCGUCACUGGGGAAAGCUGUGUGUCCAGCUCCUGUACCCAACCAGCACAUCUGCAUCACCGAUAUCACUCCUGUAGCAGAGGGUGGUCUGAGAGUGACGUGUGAGUACAUGGCCCACCAGGAGGGGGUGCUAUGUGAGGAGGUGAUGCUGGUCAGUGAGAGCCAGGAGGAAGUCUGUGUGGGGGUCAAAGUUCAAGCCCGCGUCAUGGACCGUCACCAUGGUACACCCAUGUUGUUGGAAGGAGUGCGUUGUGUGGGAGUGGAGCUGGAGUACGACUCUGAACAGAGUGACUGGCAAGGAUUUGACUAGACCAGGCAAUGUGACACACACACACACACACACACUUCAAACAAAAAGACAGUGCCACAUAUAUUGGAAUUCAUCAUCCACUCCAAACUAUCCCUGAUCAUUCAAGAUGUUUUGGUCCAAAAAGAGGAUAAAAUUAGGAAAUGGACAAGUGGUUUGUUUUUUAAAGCAAGGCUAAUGUGAUCAGAUCUCUGUUGAGCAUAUCUCCAGUCUAGUUAGUUAAUGUAUCUGAAAUGCAUUGAAACAGGUACUAUUUUUUUUAAUUGUCAUUAGUACUGCGGUGAUAUAUGUUUUUCAACUGCCCAUGCCUUUCCACUGCGUGCCCCUAUGUUGUGUUGAAUGUGUUUUCUGAGUAAACCUAUAGGGGGCAGCAAAGCUCACGCUAACAAUUCAGCCCAUUUCACCCAGCCUGGCUUUAAAAGUACCCAUAGGGGUCGACAAAGACCACUAAAUGUAUCCCUCCCAUCUGACAUGGAGGGAUAGAAAAUUACUUAUUUUAAGUUCAUAAUAAUAAUAAUUAUACGCUAUGACUCAAUUGCAAGUGCCUACGUUGCUGUACAGCUUUUACCAUCAACAACUGCCUUCUAUCCCUUGCCUAGUUAAAUAAAAGGUUAAAUAAAUCAAAUAAAAAUGGAACAAAAUAAUCCAUCUACCACUCACUAACCUGCCCUCCCUCCCCCAACCCCCUCACCAUCCUCUCUGAGCACUACAUACUCUUGUUGCAACCUAACCUCUUAGUAAGAAGUAUAGUUCGUCACUGUUUACUGUCAAUGGUUAGUCACUGUAAAUUCCCAUCAAAUAAGAAUAUCUAGUACAAUCAGUCUCUGUAUUUCACAUAGCUUAGUGGAAUUAAACCUGUUUUCUUUAUCAAAUCACACAAUCUACAUGUGUUAAAUGUGUUCGCCCUUAAUUGUUUUUAUAUUUGUGUAUAACAGGCUCUGUAACGUCUUAAAGCUAUCCCCUGUUAUCUGGUGUCCAUACUAAAUCCACUCUCCCGGGUUGAGGUCAAUUUCAUUUAAAUUCCAAUCAAUUCACGAAGUACACUGGAAUUCCAAUUGUCUUCCAUGCUUUUCAAUGUGGAUCAUUCGGAAUUGGAAUUUGGUUUGCUUUCUGAAUUGACCCUAACCCUGCCAUGAAUUCAAACGAUUGUGAAACGGGUCGUGGAUUCGGUUUGGACACCAUCCGAUCUUGUCCCAUCGACAGGUUAAGCGUAAAAAAAGAGGGGGGCACUAUUGUUCAUGCAGUCAGACUGAUCAAAAUAAUAUUCUCCACCCACAUUGUGAUAGGCAUCAUGUCUGUUCUUAGCAGGGUUGGUUCAAUUCAGAAAGCAAAACCAAAUUCUACAUUUCCAAUUGAAAAGCGUUUUAAAAGAAUUGGAAUUUCAUUGUACUUCCAGAAUUGUCCCCAACCCUGGUUCUUAGGUUACUGUAAUGAGAGAUUACUGUACUAGGAGGGGUGUAUCAUGUUGUCAGUCAAUACACUACACAAUACAUGUUCCCUUAUAGAUGUUUGUUGUUGUGAUCGCUCUUAUUUUGUUAUGCCAUGAAAGAAUAAAGUUCAUGUAUUUAAAAAAAAUAA